CGCACGCCGCCAGACCGCCUGGUGACCAUGCUGUGAGCAGUCCCAAGAGCAGCAGCUUCGCUCAUCCUGCCGUCUUCAGCAGGCAUCUCUUCGCAGCGCUAGCGCUUUCGAGCCCAGUGUGCUGGAUGCGCACGAGCCUAGUUUGUCUUUGAACAGACAGGCGAGUCUUGCCAGGCCUUGCAGGACCCCUUCGUUCCUUACCAUGCUUUUUACUUUCCGUCUUUCUCCUUCUGCCCUCGUCGGCCUUUCUGUCCUCGCUCUCGGUCCCCAGCCCGUCCUCUCCGUCUUCGACUUCGUCACUUUCUCAUCUCCAAGCCAGUGCGCACCGUUCACAAUCCAGUACUCCGGAGGAACCGCACCUACCAGCUGGCCGCCACAGCUCACCGUCGUUCCCUUCAAUUCGACCCCCUUCUCCAUCCCUCUCUUUAACGCCGUAUUCAACGACACCUCUGAGACUGGCCAUGCUGUCACCUUCCUCCCUCUCCCUCAGGGUACGCAGUUCGUAGCUUCCCUUGACGACGGCAAUGGCGACUCCGCAGGCCCCGUUUCGGACGUCAUCACCAUUGACGCGGACAACUCCACCAAGUGCCUCCAGUUUGAGAAGAAUGAGACGGCAAACCCGUUCUCCCUUGUCAAUACCCCGUCGCAGUGUGAGUCCUUCACGGUGAACUUCGACACGGCGGAGGCCGCUGCGCCCACAGUUCGCGCCUUCAUCACCGGCAAGCUCGCUUUUACCGCCAACCAGACCGCAAACGAUGCUACCGCUGGGAGCGCUUCGUACUUGAUGGCUGCAGCGCAUGGGACAGAGGUUACACUGCUGUUCAGUGAUGGCAGCAACAAAGCGUCCAGUGGACUGCUUACGGUGGGAGGGAACAGGAAGAGCAGCGGUACGUGCCUUGUCGCGGCUUCUUCAAGCACGGGUAAAGGUGCGAAUGCAACUGCGUCGACGUCGAUGUCGGCGUCCGCAGACUCUAUGGCUGCAAUCAUUGCAAUCGCAGCGUCUUCCGGUGCAAUCAUCGUCACCAUCGUCGUCGCAAUGGGCGUGUGGAUCUACCGUUCUCGCAGGAAGAUGAAGACGGCCGCGCUCGCAGCAACACUCGAAGAUGGAACCUCUGGCAACCCGCCCGCACCGCCAGCAGAGGCGAACCCGCAAAUGGGAGAGAAGACCCCGAGUCUUCCAUCGGCCGUCCCGACGCCCGUGCACGCCUCG